UUGCUUUCACAUUUGGAAAAUGUGUCUCCGUCAUUUGCAUUUGUCAUAGUUUAUCAGUUUUAUCUUUGCGUAUUAAUUUUCGGCCGUAUUUUUUUUAUUUUAUAUACUAACAAAUUACUGGCCAUCCUUAAUUAUUAUCACUCUCUUCAUCCCAUAGAAAUUGUAUCUGAGCGACUCAUCUGUAUCAGCAUGUCAAUGGAGCACGAAAAAUCUAAGGACGUCCUAACGGGUGCUGUAGAAGCAAAGAGAACAACCUCAUCAAUAGAAGACAAACAUUUCGGUUUAAUUAAUGAGAAAGGUGACCAUAAUGUCAAUUGUGAUUCUGCUGUACACAAUGCUACGAAGGCACUGUUAGCUAAUGAGUCGGGCGCACAAACAGGUUCUUUUCCUGAACCUAGAAGUCAUCCUUCUGCUUUAAAGAAUCCACAAACCAUUGAAAACAAUGAGGAUGGUAGUAGCACACAAAAGCGAACUGAAUCUCCAGAUAGUGAAAUAGUUGUCAUUGAUGACUUAGAUGAACGACAAAGCAUUGGAUCGGGUUUGGAUUCAGAUAUUGAAGAUAACAUCAGUGACGUAGGUGAACCUCUGAGUGCAUCAAAUGUAAAGCAAUACGAUCCUAGUAUUGAUGACAAAUUACCAGACACGGUUACUCUACUAACUACUCCUGAUGGUGGAAAAGUUUACCUUGUGGGAACUGCACACUUCAGUCUUGAAAGUCAGAAUGAUGUUUCAAAGAUUAUUCAAGCUGUGCAGCCUCACAUAGUAGUAGUUGAACUGUGCAAAUCGAGAGUUCAUAUUUUACAACUCGAUGAACAGACCAUACUUGAGGAGGCGCAGAAUCUUAGUUUUCAAAAAGUUCUCGAUACGAUUCAGCAGAAUGGAUUGUAUAAUGGUCUCAUGUAUCUUCUUUUACUUACUGUUUCCGCAAGACUUACGAAAGAAUUAGGAAUGGCACCAGGUGGUGAAUUUCGUACAGCAUUUGCCGAGGUAAAAAAAAUUCCAAACUGCCUGAUUCACAUGGGUGAUCGUUCAAUCAGUAUAACCAUUCAGCGUGCACUGAGUUUCUUAUCCUGGCGGCAAACCCUUAAGUUAGUAUGGCAUUUGCUAACAUCACGAGAUUGCAUUACCAAGGAAGACAUCGAGCGUUGUAAACGUCGGGAUCUCCUCGAGGAGACCCUGGCCGAAAUGACCGGAGAGUUCCCAGCACUGGGUGAAGUUUUCGUCAAGGAACGUGACAUCUAUCUAACGCAUUCUCUUCAGCUGGCCUGUCUACCUCAACGUACACCAAAUGGAUUGACCCCAACUCGAGUCGUAGGUGUCGUCGGCAUUGGUCACGCGCCAGGUAUUGUACAAUACUGGGGAAAGGUGAAGCCGUCGGAGAUCGCUCCUAUUCUAAGAAUACCACCGCCCUCGCUCUCCAGUAAAAUACUGCGACUGACCAUCAAGGCAUCCUUAGUAGGAGCAGUCAUCUACGUAGGUUACAAAAUCAUUCCAUUGCCAUCCGGAGUAACUUUCCAAUCAGUCAAGUCGUCGGUCGAGGGACUUUUGAAGGUCAGUGCUACCCGAUAGAAAAACACAUCAUUUUCGUCCUUGGCGCUGCGAUAACUGGCCGCCGCAUUUUUAUCAAAGAGGAUCCUUUUCUUUUAUUUCUCUGCUGCUUAAUCCUGAAGU